UUAGCAGAAGCUAUUCGACCUUCCAACCUUCUCACCACAAUUCCCUCUUGGAACCUCGACAUUGUCGCCGCUAUCGUCGCCAUUCAACGCUCCCUUAUUCUAACUUACUCUUGGCCAUCGACAUCCGGCCUACCUACUUGGCGACACCAUUAUCUUAAUUCCAUGGCCCGUUGACUCGACGCCAUUCUACAAAAAUACGACCCAGGGAGAAACAUAUUAUUCAGCCCAAGGACAUUCCGAGGAUUUUUAACUUCCAGGACGUUGCAUUUGGUUUGAGGAUUUUACCUCCCCGUAGAGAAGGCCGUUUUCUCUUAAUUCCUUUCCUUAUCUCUGUUGCCGUUUAGUUCCAGUCCCGGAUUUUCCAGGAAAGGACCUGUAGUUCGUCGCAUAACAUGCAUAAUGUGGCAGCGUACGGAUAUCCCACGCCUCCGGCAUCACCAUCUUACGACAACACCAAGUGUGCCUUCCAACAACCACCGCUAGCAGUACCUCCGGUUUGCGCCCCACGAUUCACCCCAGUUACUCCGGAGGAGAGGCUAGGAAAGUUCCUUGGUGAGAGCCUGCAGUUAAUAGGAAUCAUUGGAACCGGUGCCUAUGGCGUGGUCUACCUCGCCGUCGAUGUCAAGACUGGAGUCCGGUACGCAGUAAAGACACUCAGCAAAUUCAACGCAGAUGGAUCUCCAUUGGAUCGACGACAAAUCGCCUUUCAACACCGGGAAUUACGUUUACACUAUCUAGCUUCAGCACACCCCAACGUGGUUUCCAUGCACAAGAUUGUUGACGACCCGGAUUGCAUUUAUGUUGUCCUGGAGUACUGCCCGGAAGGUGAUCUGUUCCUCAAUAUCACAGAAAGAGGACAGUAUGUGGGUAAGGAUGAUUUGGCCAAGAGUGUAUUCCUUCAAAUCCUGGACGCCGUUGAGCAUUGCCAUAACCUGGGUAUCUACCACCGCGACCUCAAGCCGGAGAACAUUUUAGUUUCGAACCGGGGAGACACGGUCAAGUUGGCAGACUUCGGCUUGGCAACUUCAUCAGACAGGUCCGAAGACUACGGAUGCGGAUCGACGUUUUACAUGUCACCAGGUAGGACUCCGUCUUGGGACCCUUCACACUGUGGGGAUAUACUAACUAGAUUCUUUUUCACCUUUGCAGAAUGCUUGGACCCUUCAUCCCGGAGGCCAUUCUACUAUUGCGCUCCAAAUGAUGUAUGGAGCCUUGGUGUUAUCCUGGUGAACUUGACCUGCGGCCGUAACCCAUGGAAGCAGGCCUCUUUUGAAGAUUCCACAUAUCGUGCCUUUACAAGGACUCCGGAUUUCUUACGGUCCAUCUUGCCAUUGUCGGAUGACCUCAACAACAUUCUAGGGCGAAUCUUCACCCGCAACCCAGACCACAGAAUUACGUUACCAGAGCUUAGGAACAGUAUCCUCGCCUGUUCCAGAUUUACGAUUACACCUACGGCGACUGCCCCCCAGGCAUUGCCAACACCGCCCACUUCGCCUGGGCCCAUCGAAUACGUUGAUAGUGAAGACGCCAUUGUCGAGGAUUUGGGUUACGACUCGCCACCUUCGCCCGCGGCUUCCGACUCCGACACGGAGUCCACAUGUUCAUCCGACGAUGGAUCUCUUAUCUCUAGUUGUUCGACCAUCGACGACCUUGAUGAGGACGAUUAUGUCAUCCCAGAUGACGAAAUUCCACCGGCUCAGGAUCCUCAGAUGUAUGAUUCACAGGAACCUAAAGUUUUGUUCCCACAGGAAUUUGUUCCACAAUACCCAGGACCAGCUGUCGAGGCUUGCCAGCCUUGUCAACCUUGCCAACCCUGCCCAGUUCAGGUUCCCGUACCGGCCAGUUGUGCACCAACCAAAUUCGCCUUCCCAUAUUUCUGGGAGGUGGUUAAUAGGUACACACAACCACAACCCAUACAUCAUCACCACUCUAUUCCUUUCCAUCCACAGGUUCCCCUUUUCUCCAACUUCCAGGGCUGCUAUUAGCUACACUGAUUUAUGUGUAACUGUCCUUCAACGUUGAAGGCGCUUCCACUCAAGGUCACGUUGCUUCUAUACUACAUUCCUGGAUAUAGGCCAUAGGGAGUAUUAUGCCGUGGAUGACUCAAAUUCCGGAUCUGGAUCAGACCACCAAGGAUUUACUUCGACAAAAAACAGUUUCAACUUGAUAUUACGUU